CGUUACUCUUGUCCCUAAAAAAUAAUCAAUCAGAUCAACUUAGCAUUAUCAGAGACAGCACAAGGAUAAGAUAAGUAGUGCUGAGUGCAUAUCCCUGACAAAAACAAUUAUCAUACCACUGCCUGUGCAGGUUACAUUUGCACCAAGAUGGCAAGUGAUAAGCUGCUAGUUUUUCUUGGGCUCUGCGCCCUUGCCACCUGUCUACCUACGGAACCUAAAGCACAUGAUGAUCCUAAUUUGUUGGCAGAAUUUGGAGGUGUGGCUAAUGUAAACCCUAGAAUGACAGUCAACACAGAAGGAGUUCCCCCUUAUUUUCCGGGUCCGGGCUUUAAAGUUAAAUUGCAAGGAUGGCAGGACACAAGCAACCAGAAUUACUAUGUCAACAUUACGGUCACCGACAUUCCUAUUUUUGUGCCAACAGCUGUACCGCCUCAGGAGGGCCAAACCCGCAUUCCCGACAAUGAUGAAAUUGAAAACAUCCAAGUUUAUUUUGCCAAUGCUGAUGGGAGAAUUUUGGAAGUUCGUUUCAACAGGUUCCAGCAGUAUUUGGGACGCUUAUGGGCGCGCCCCUAUAAAAUGCUCAGGGACGACGUGACGGUAGACAUUGUGGGCCUCUCUGUGGGCUCUGACAAGUACGCGAUGACCGUUAUUGUGCCGGCCAAUGCACUUCCAGCCCAAACAACCUCGGCCCACGCCGUGGUCGUUGACCCCACCAGGGAGGGUGGUGACAAAUACUACACUUAUUACCGUCUGUACAACUACCCCAUCGCCUUUGACUGGAACAUGAAGGUGUACCAAAAGUUUAUGCCAGUGGAUCUAUACCAGCUAGCACCGGAGUCCGAAAAUGCAGAUUACUCAUCUUGGUGGAACGGAAUAUAAAAUUAUUCCUUCUUAAAAAAACCCGCAGCCACUUUUGUUUUAUACUAUUGAAUAUUAUUACUGUUGAAAAGAAAAAAAAACUAAAUAAAAUGUUAUAUCAAAUUUUUCUUUCCAGUUAAAACAUGAAAAAUGUCUUU